AUGAUCUUCCAUAGAGAUGUUACAGUAACAUUGUCAGUGCACAGAUUUUUCCUUAGUUGCGUCGGCAUCUGGCCUGUGAUUCCAGUGAGUAUUUAUCUCACCGAAAUCUACCUACACUGUAAUGGUGCGAAAAAGAGCUUCGAUUGGAUAACACCUAGUGCUGCCGGCAUGUUAGCUCUUACGAGACUAAUCACACCGCGUAUCCAUCGAGAAGAACUAGUCGAGAUAGUCACCUCCAUGAUGGACGACUGGGUCAUGCAGAAAGAUAAAAAAAUUCGUUGGGUCAUGAAGAAAUAUGCAACAAUGUCGACACGCGUGACGGUGCUUACCUUCAUUCUGGUGGGCAUCAUAGUGGCUGUUUAUAUCGCUAUGGCGAUAUCGGCAAUUACCGCGAAAAUAGAACAGUUUGAUAACAACAAUGUGAGCACAAGCCAUAAGGAUGGAAUUCAGUCAUGCGUAUUUCAUAGCGCAUCGUCGCAUCAAGCGUUUAUGAUCGUCCAGGCGAUGCAAAUGUUCGUCACUGGUGUACUAACUUUUGGUACUACCAGUUUCUUCUUCGGAUUAGCCAUGUAUCUAUGCUCCCAAUUCGAUGCGUUGAGUAUUAAAUUAUCCGAAUUCCAAAUUAACACGGCGCAUCGCGCGAUUGCCGAAGCGGUCCAAAGGCAUUGUCACCUUAUCCGGUUAGCCGAGUGUAUGGAAGAAUCGUUCAAUGCAAGUGUUUUGGUAUAUUUGUUCGUGACCAGCACUCUCAUGUGUAUAGAUGGCUACAUGUUAAUUGCCUCAUUACCUAUUGGCGAUCUGCCUAUGAUUAUACAUAGCGCUAGUGUUUUACUUCUUAUGUUGAUUCAACUGUCGUUCUAUACAUUCGCUGGUGAUUAUUUGGAGAUGAGAAGUAGUGCAUUGUCUUAUGCAACUUAUGAUUGCAACUGGUACGAGCUACCAGCCAGUACGGCCAAGAAUUUUCAGAUUAUUCUAAUGCGAGCCAGUAUUCCCCAUCAACUAACAGCCGGGAAAUUUGUGAUUAUGAACAUGAUAACGUUUAAAGAUAUCUUAAAGUCCACAGCCUCGUAUCUUUCGGUUUUGCGUAUUAUGUUAGAUGAAUAAAUAAUAUAUACAUUGUUGAAAAUGCGCAAUAUU